AUGGGAGGGAGCUUCAUGCUGGAGAACCCUGUGACGACCCUGAUGUUUUCCUUCCCACCCCUACGCCUGGCCCUGGUGAAGCUGAAGCAAAUCUACCGGGUGAACUUUUGGAUGCGACAUUAUGGACACCAAACCGAUAAACGAACAAGCAUCCUCACGAACAAGAAGAUCCUGACACGUCUGGAUGUUGGUGAGCUGAAGCGAAAAGCUGCGCCAUCGAACGUACGCACUGCUGUGCACUACUUGGACAAGAACAAAAAGACCUAUCCAGCUGCCUUUGUCGGCGAGCUAUUCAGAUUGCUGCCGAGCAUCCGAGCCGAGCGGAAUGAGAUGCAGAUGCAGGUGGACGAGGCGACGCCUCUCAUGUGCCUGCUCAUGCAGACAGAGUGGCUUUCCUGGGAGGAAGCUUGGGAAGGAGUGGCCGAGACACAGCUUGUCGAAUCCCCAAGCCGGUACGCUAGCCCUUCACAAACCACAGUGGCAGCGGCAAGCCCUAGCGCCGAAAGCUCCCGCAAAGCUGUGCUGCAACACCACCUCAAGGCCGGCACGUCCAAGAAAGACACCACGCCCAAGAAAGCCGCCGCACCCAAGAAAAGCGCUACGACACCCACCAAAGCCGCCUCACCCAGGAGCAAGGGAACGCCCAAGAAGCCCCUCACGAAUGAGGAGCUGGAUCUACUUAUUCCGGAUAAAGACGACAGGAACGCCAAGAAGCCGGCCCUAGGACAGCCGCAGCUGAGCCCGCAGGCGAUCAGAAUGCGAACACAGAGGAUCUUCAAACCACGCAGCAACGGAACGCUGAAGGUCUCCCAGGAGAUCUGGAAUGAAUGGCACCAGAAAGGUGCAAGGCGAACCAUGCUGGAAACAAUAUUUCAUCAGUGUGGCUACGAUCCAGCUACCUUCAUGUCCGAGGUCGAGGUGAUGCGGGCAGAGCUAAUCGAGAAUGAGGUUCCCGCCUCAACUCUGGCUUCUCUGGCGGUUGCUGCCAAAGCCGACGGCCUUGGCUGCACUAUACCCACAAGUGAUGCAAACCACGCUGCGCGAGAUACACAGAAAUUCAUUCACCGUUGGGGCCUUUCGUGGAACAUACCAUUUUCCUACUUUCGCUUUGAGCACGAGCAGAAGCAGAUCGAUGUGCCUUACUUUAGCCCUCUGAAGUUAAUUCCGGCCCUAUUGGAAAGGGCCCCAGAACUUCUUUUUGGAGGUUUGGGAAUAGUGCCUGGGCAACGUCACCUGUCGGCUUUCUGGUCUGCUUACAGACAGACCCACCCCACGCACCGGGUUUUUGUUGAUCACUCGGACAGUCUUAGCACUGUCAUACCCCUAGCUGUACAUGGCGACGAGGGUCGUGGAGUCAGAAAAGGCAACACAUGCCUACUUACGCUGGAGAGUCCUUUUGGUCUGGGCACUGCUGCUAAUGUUUCUGCUGGAAACCAUUAUUGUGGGUGCAAUGGUUGUCAAAGCGGCGGCGUCAACAUGGACGAGCCCGUUUUGAGCAGCUCAGCAAACAACGACAUCGCCGGAAUGCAGGAACACAACGUGAAGGGCCAUUGCUUCUUAACUAAGUUUUUGGUUUUCCUUUUGCCACACGCACUCUACAAGGCAUCGGACCUUUGGCUGGCGCUUCUGGAACAGGUGUGUAAGGAGUUGAGGCAGCUAUUCUUUGAAGGCGUUUACGCUGGUGGGCGGUAUUGGCACGCUGCUGUGAUCGGUUGCAAGGGGGACAUGGCAUACUUCGUGAAGAUCGCCAAUCUUACAAGGUGUUACACCAGGCUCGCUGAAGACGCUUGCAUGUGCCACGAGUGUUUGGCUGGCUCACGAAGCCAGCCCUUCGAGGACUGCUCUGAGAGGCCAAGUUGGGCACAGUCGCUGUACGCGCGAAGACCCUGGGAUGAUACACCUGUCAUCAGCGCUAUCCCGUUUGACUCGACUCCGGAGCGUAUGCUUCGACGCGAUGUCUUCCACAACACGAAGAUCGGAGUGUUUCGAGACCUUGUGGGGAGCGCUGUUGUGUUGAUCGCAGAGCUGGGCUAUUUUUCGGAUGAUCAAGGCAGCAACAGCAUGAAAUUCUUGUUGCAGCGAGCCCACUCGCACUUUCGGCUUUAUUGCCUGGCGAUCAAGAAGCCUGCAGCUCUUCAUAGUUUUUCAAAAGAAAACUUUUCUGCUCCUACCCGGAAAGCCUUUCCCUGGGUUCGCAGUAAGGGGUCCGACACAACCCUGCUGGUGGAUUGGCUGGUGGCUUUAUGCACUGCUCUUCUUGCUACACCCUUGGACCCGGCUCACGUGCCCGUGAUUUCGUUGAUAAAGCAAACGGCCCAAGCUGCGAGCAACUUUAUGAAAUCAAUGUACCGUCAUGGUCUUUGGCUCACACGACGUUGCGCUGAAGCUGUGUACGCUGAAGGUCGUCGGUUCUUGGAAGGCUGCAACGAGCUUGCCUACACAUCGCUGCACAGGCUGCGUUUCAACGGCUUUGGCAUGAAGCCCAAGCUUCACAUGGUAGCACACACGACGUGGGAUCUCAAGAGGUGGCUUGAUGAUGCGAGCGUGACUUUGAUACCCUCGCCCUUGAUGUGGUGUUGUGAACCAAACGAGGACAUGGUGGGACGAAUGUCCCGCAUUGCUCGCCGUAGUCAUCAGGCCAGAGUGUGCGAACGAAGCUUGGAGAAGUACUUAAUUAAAACUAGAGCCCUGUACAGACGUUACAAGAAGAACCCAGAACUCUCCUUGAAACGGAAGCGCUGA